AUGAUGUUGUCUCAAGAUGACCCAGAUGUCAAGGUCACUGCAAUCAACCCUGAGUGGCAGGCUGGUACUAGUAGUAGUACUCAGGCUGGUACAUCGACGCACCUUGACGAUAAUCGCAACCUCGGUGCUGCGUACGCAUCACACGAAAAGAAGGAGGAUGUCUUUGACAACUCUAUUCUAUCUAGGGCUCGCGGGCUCCGUAAUAUCAUGAGCCAUAUACUCUUGUUCACAUAUGAACAAGUGCGCCAAAACCGAGAUAAGGAGUUGGUGGCGACUGGCAGGAACAGCGAUGGAAAGACAGAACCGACUGAAGAUCCCGAUCAUUGGGAGAAUGCGCAACCAGCUCGUAGUGGGACGAGCCGCGCUCUAUCUGACGAGCAACUCCAGGCAGCCGCGUCACAAUGGAAGAACCCAAUCGCGAAGAUCAAAAAGGACUCUCAGUUCACAUGGAGAGUCGUCGCCGACCGCAUCAGCGUGGUCGGACUCGAGCGCUACCCAACAGGGCUCGACGAGGAAACGCUCAAAUUCAUAUUCAACCGACAUUACCUUCAUCACCUCUACGGCGGUAGCUUCGUCGACACGUUUCCCCGGCCUGAGCAGCUCAAGGUCCAGUUUCACGGCCUCGCUGACUUCAUGUGUCUCAGACUCGACUAUAACCCUCACGCACCCGUCAAUCCUGGAGACCCCGGACUUCUUUUCACCUACAGAUCCGCCGACAGACUGAGGAACUGCGCGGGCGGAGUGAACCGGGUCUUCGUGAGGAUUCAAGCAAGUCCAGCCCUAUGGCAGUAUAUGGGGCAAUACCGGUUGUACCAGUCGGAGCCACUCACCAAGGGCGAGUUUGCCAGUCAGUCUUCGAUGGUUCGCAAGACGUGGGCCAGGGACGUAUUGAAACGAUCGAAGGGUGACGACAUUGCCGUCAGGGUACACCUCCGAAAGACACACGGUAGAGAGCCAUCCCUGGGGGAAGUAAACAGGGUGCUUCAUGACAAGCAGAAACUGAAAGCCGCGAAGACUCGGUUGACAUGGGCCGAUGUCGUAUCUGCUUACGAGCGAGGUGAAGAGGAAAUCCGAGUCUACGCAAUGAAGUGUGUCGCCUACGAUGUCGAUUUCCAGCGCACCCUUGCGCGCAAUUACAAGCACUUCACCCCGCCCCAGCAAAACUCGAAGUCUGGGCCACGCACGAAGGCUGCCGUAAAGCGCAAGCGCGACUCGUCUGACACGCCGGAGCCGUCUGAGUCCGAUCAUGACGUCGUCGAUGUAGAGGGAGAGGAAGAGAAAGCAUCAGAUAGUGAGGAGGCGCACUACGAACCAACGGGUACACGAUCUCGCAUGAAGCGGGUGAAGACGGAGUGA